CACGGAACCAGGUGCCUGCCUCUCAACUCGUGGCGCUGCCACGUGGAUAGCUUGAGGCAUACUGGAUACGUGACCUCUAGCAGGCUACCAAGCCGAUAACGAGGGGUGGAGUUCCAUCGAGCUUCAGUCUCCUCCAAGGGUCGCUACAGCUCUGAGGUCGCCUUGGCAUACGCUGGGAGCCUCAUAUACACUCGAGAGCGGUGGUAAGAGUUACACCAGUGUUACACACCCACACACAUAAACACAUUCACACACACACAAACACAUUUAUAUUUAUUUUCUAUUAUGUAUAUGUAAAGGUGUUUAUUUUUGUAAUUUGUAUCUAUAUGCAUUUACUAACUUGGCUUAAGUUAUUAACUGAACCAGUCUUUUAAGUUAUUCAGUCCAGUUCAGAUUGCCACUCUGUUACUUACUUUUACUUACAAAUAAUCUUCAAUUUUGUAUUGUUACUUAAUUUAAGGGUUAACUUUAAGAGAUUAAAUAGCAGUUAAAAUGUCUUCUUUUCUCUUUUCUUUUAACCCUUCCAUUGUUAGUGUGAGCAACACCCCUUCAUGGUCCAUCCCCUAGAGUUCAGUGUAUGCUCACACGUAACAAUUGGGGGCCCGUCCGGGAUAUUACACAUGUUUACACAUACAUAUAACUACACUAGUUCCUUUCUUGGUCUCGAGUGUAUAUGAAGUUGUGCUUAUUUCUUUGUUGGUGAAUUUUUGCGUUUUUUCGCUUUAAAAGUACGCGAGGUACCGGCGUCUAGUCAUAAAAGCGUUAAAACCUAACAAUUGAUUUCCUCAGUGUUGCUUUAGUGUCGGUUCGAUUCCCCCUAGUAGUGACCUUCACCCCGAACUCCGAGACUCCUUAAAACUUGGGAACUUGCAUUCCACUCUUUGCUUGAAAGCAGCGAAUACGGCAAGCCAUUACAAGUGCUUAAGUGUUAGUUCUAUGGUAGUCAUUUUGGGGCAGUGAUUAUCGCUACACUUCUUCGAUUCGUUGCCUCUUCAGAAGCACAGUUAAGGCGUUGCUAACCUUGACUCAACUAGACUCAAAAGCGAGUCUCUGUCGAUGCACGCGGGUCAACUCAUUUCCCUCCGACUCGUGGUUUCGAACCUGUCGUUCACGCGGGUCCUUCCGACUCGUGGUGGCGAACCUAGGUCUUGGAUCAGGUUUCAGUGUAGGGCUCAGACACACUUGAUUUGGUUCAAUUGACCUCACGCUCAUUAAUCAUGUCGCAUGAGUUAAACUUGGACGCAUUUUGCAGUAAUCCUUCUGUGGCGGAGCUACAAACUGCCAAAGUGACAAAGGAUGAUUUAAAGUACAUAGCCCGACAGUUUGAUCGCUCAUAUCCGUCUGACAUUCGGAAGGAAGAACUCCGAACUCAAAUCCUAGUUCACCUUGGAGGUGAAGCCACUAGUGCUGCUUCACAGCACGACGCCAGUUUAAUGCUCAAACUCGAAAAGCUGAAACUAAUGGCAGCAAGAGAAGAGAGAGAGGCAGCAAGAGAAAGAGAGAGAGAAGAGAGAGAGGCAGCAAGAGAGAGAAGAGAGAGAGGCAGCAAGAGAGAGAAGAGAGAGAGGCAGCAAGAGAAAGAGAAGAGAGAGAGGCAGCAAGAGAAAGAGAGAGAGAGAAGAGAGAGAACUAAGGCGAGAAGAACUAGCUUUUCAAAAAGAAAAAGCGGAAAGAGAUCUGGCAUAUGUAAAAGAAAAGGAGGAAAAAGAAAGAGGAGAGAGAAAAAGAAAGAGAGGAGAGAGAAAAAGAGAGAGGAUAGAGAAAAAGAAAGAAUCCACGAGACCCAACUCACACAAUUAAAAUCUCGAUCAACCACCACAGCUGACCUCAAACAAAAGUUAACUAAAUAUCUCUCACUACUCCCUCAGUUCUCUGACAAAGACCCCGAAACUUUCUUUGGACAGUUCGAGGACACAGCAGUACAUUUUGAACUGGCCCGAGAAGACUGGCCUUGGCUUCUUAAACCCAAACUCAGCCAAAAGGCUUUAACUAUUGUGAACGGCCUCGAAAACAACACGGAUUACGACUGUGUCAAACAGGGCAUCUUAGCGGCGUACUCCAUUACCACAGAAGGAUACCGUGAGUCUUUUCGAAAAAUGUUCAAAACUCCGCAACAAGCCUAUCUAGAGUUUGCCUCAGAGAAACUGAGGGCUCUCAAGCGUUGGCUUAAGUCAGCCGCGAUAACCACGUACGACGAAUUAGUAAAUCUCUUAGCCUUAGAAGAGUUCAUGCGUAAGCUCCCUUACUCAGUAAUGUUACACAUCACCAACAAAGAAGAAACAGAUCUUCUCAAAGCCGCUCAGUUAGCGGACCUUUUCUCCCUGGUGAAUCGCAAGGCAACCUCAGACAAGCUGACCGAGACUCCUAGUGGUAAGAUAAACUCAUUUAACUCAGGGGUUGGUAAAAUGACCGGCAGUAGUACUGGACCACCUCUAUUUUGUGCUUUUUGUAAACAGCCGGGGCACCUCAUAAAGAACUGUCCUAAUCCCAAGUGCAAGGUAGCUCAAACAUAUCCUGCCAAGCCAGUUGUUUCCAUAGAAGCUCUUCCCUCCUUCCCUGUACCUAAAGACUUAUUUGAGCCUUUCAGGUCUGUAGGCACCAUCAGCAUUGAUAACAAGGAUCACCCAGUUAAGAUUGUCAGAGACACCUGUUCAGCUCAGUCCCUAGUGCUGAAGUCAGCAGUCCCUGGUAUUGAACAGUGUUACACAUGUGAAAAGGUAUAUUUAAAAGACUUCCAUGACCCCUUCCCCAUUGCAUUAGCUAAGGUACAUCUUGAUAGCCCACUAGUAAGAGGUGAAGUGAUAAUAGGAGUUAGUGAAGAACCAGCCUUACCCAUCCCUAAUGCUCAACUACUCCUCGCUAAUGACCUAGCUGGCAGUAAGGUGACUCCCCCUUUGAUAAUUAGUGACACAAUGCUGAUGGAUAACCCCACUGUACAGUUAGAAGAGCAACAACCAGGCUUAUUCCCUGUUUGUGUCACUACUCGUGCAGAAGCAAGGAAAUCUGAUCAGUCUUUCUCACUUCCAAAGAAGAGCCCAUCCCCACUUGAACUCAAUCAAAUAUUUUCUGAAAAACUUCUCACUGAGGCUCAACAGGAAGACACUACUUUGACUCAAUUUCAUGACAAGGUUAUCCCUCCAGAUCAAAUUGCUCAUUACCCUGCCUUUUACAAACAGGAUGGAGUUCUCAUGAGAGUGUUCCGGCCCUCUAAGGUCCCAGAUGAUGAUGAGGUAGUGGAAAAGGUAGGAGAUAACAACUACAUCAUAAACACUCCAGACCGCCGAAAGGCAACACAGUUAAUACACGUUAAUCUCCUAAAAAUGUAUAAAUGUAGAACCCCUGUGACUGGCGCCCAACCAACCCCUAGAGUAGCUUCCUGUGGUAUCAUUGAACCCCAGGAGGCUGACUCAGAGUUAAAACCUGCCUCUGUGUGUUCAUUGAUGUAUGAUAAAUGUAUUACCACUGAGAUUGACACAAACACCAUACAUCCCAAGGACACGCAAAACAACACCUACAUUAUCCAACACUUAGAUGAUCAGCUCCGUCAUCUUUCAUCCUCUCGAGCACUGGAUAUCUCAAGAUUGAUCUCUCAGUAUGACGUGUUCGGUGACCAUCCUAAAAUCUGUAAUGUCCUCCGCCAUGAUGUGAAGGUGCUUCCAGGGACCUUCCCUAUCAAGCAGUCUCCCUACAGAGUCAACCCCCGGAAACGAGAACAGAUGCAGAAGGAGGUCCAGUACUUAUUAGAGCAGGGCUUGGCUAUACCCAGCAGAUCCCCAUGGGCAUCACCCUGCCUCCUAGUACCCAAGGAGGACGGACAACUGCGAUUCUGCACGGAUUACCGACGGGUCAACGCCGUCACCAUUCCUGACGCCUAUCCUCUGCCUCGGGUAGACGACCUGAUAGAUGAAAUCCAGAAUGUGCUCAGCCGUCUGCAGGAAGCGAACCUCACCGUGAAGCUGGCGAAGUCUACGUUCGGAGCUGCCACCGUCUCCUACCUAGGACAUCAGAUUGGACAAGGCUCCGUCUGGCCCAAGACCGCUAACGUCGACGCAGUACUGAAGUACCCAACUCCCACUACUCGACGCGAGCUCCGCCGUUUCCUGGGUAUGGCGGGGUUCUACCGGCGUUUCUGUCCAAACUUCGCAGACGCAGCUGGGCCACUUACUAGACUAACUAGUGGGAAUGUGGCGUACGAAUGGACCCCUGCCUGCCAACAUGCCUUCAAUCAACUUAAGAACUUGCUUGCUCGGGAACCGGUUUUGCGUGCGGCCGACUUCAGUAAACCCUUCAUCAUACAUACUGACGCCAGUGAUCACGCUUCGGGUGCCGCCCUCCUGCAAGAAUCUGACGGAAUCUUUCACCCAAUCGCCUACCACUCCGAGAAGUUCAACAUCCAUCAGAAGAAUUACAGCACUAUCGAGAAAGAACUUUUAGCCAUUAUCUCUGCCAUCAAGAAGUUUGAGUACUAUCUUCAGUCCAACACCCAGCCACUCCAAAUCUACACUGACCACAACCCUUUGACUUUUCUCAACAGGAACCGCUUCACUAACCAACGUCUGCUACGGUGGUCUCUACAGCUCCAGCCUUACCACAUUGAAAUGCACCAUAUUAAGGGACUGGACAACUGCCUUGCUGACACUUUGUUUCGCCUUCCCACUACGCCUCGCAUCACUACCCGUCGCGACCCUGAGGACCCUAGGAUCCUGUUGCCGGGGAUGCAGUCGUGCCUUGUGAACCGGUCGAUGGAGGCAGCCGAGGGCCGAGCACUGCCAGAAGAACCAUCUACCGGGCCCCAGACUACACACGUUCUGGUGGAAUCAACCUUCACGGGACAGGAACCACCUCACUUCUCUAAUGACGCAGAGUCAUUCAUUCUGCGUCAUCCUAAGAAGGGGGGAAUGUCACACACGUGACUACUCUACCACGGAACCAGGUGCCUGCCUCUCAACUCGUGGCGCUGCCACGUGGAUAGCUUGAGGCAUACUGGAUACGUGACCUCUAGCAGGCUACCAAGCCGAUAACGAGGGGUGGAGUUCCAUCGAGCUUCAGUCUCCUCCAAGGGUCGCUACAGCUCUGAGGUCGCCUUGGCAUACGCUGGGAGCCUCAUAUACACUCGAGAGCGGUGGUAAGAGUUACACCAGUGUUACACACCCACACACAUAAACACAUUCACACACACACAAACACAUUUAUAUUUAUUUUCUAUUAUGUAUAUGUAAAGGUGUUUAUUUUUGUAAUUUGUAUCUAUAUGCAUUUACUAACUUGGCUUAAGUUAUUAACUGAACCAGUCUUUUAAU